AUGAAUUUGCAAGCAACUUUCGAUGACUAUCUCCCCCCAAUAACAUCUCUUCUCGCUUAUCGUCACAAUAUCACUGACAUGAUUCUACUUUACACCAGCAAUGUUCCGCAGAUGCUUGAUACACUCAAGACAACUGUGAAUAUUAUCGACGAUUGCGGUAACUUAUGGGUGUGUGAGCUAACUUUUGAAACUUUUCCUUAUGAACACUUCAAGAUAGGACGGCGUUGGAAUAGGUUUGUGGAAGCUCGCAGGCUCCGUGAAGAGAUUAGGGUUUUGGAGUUCAACAUGUUAAUCAAUGCUUCCUCCAGAAUGAAUCUCUCCAAUGGCUUGAGGCUUCCUUCAUCUUCCAGAAUGAAUUUCUCCAACGGCGUGAGGCUUCGCUCAUCAUCUCAUCCCUGCAAAUCCACACAUGAUGUAGGAGUAUUCUAUAGGUCAUUGGAUUAUGGACUUUCCAGAGUUAUCGAAGGACAUAAACCGGUGCUACCAAUUCGAUGCCUUGGACAAACCGAUGGAGUCUCUGAUGCCGACUUUUAUGAACACUUCGAAACUUGGUGCAAGAAAUAUGGAAAAACAUACUCUUCAGAGGAACAUAAACGCUAUAGGUUCAAACUGUUCAAGGAGAACUAUCCCAUUAAGCCUCCUCACAAUAACUACCUUUCUCUACAAAUGCUCAAUGAAAAUUCUAAUGAAGAAGAUCACCCAAAUAACUCCUCUCAUCCCCUCACUAUCGAGGAAGCCAUUCAGAAAUAUGGAUAUGGCCUCUGUCCUUACGAGUACGACUUCCUCCCGGCUCCUCAACCCGGCACCAUGUAUCUCUAUAACAAUGGAAACCCUUUAAUUCCAUUAGAUUCUGAUUUGGCAAAAUAUUUACAGAUUUACCAGUUUUUCGAACGCAUUGAGAUGGAUGGUGACAACUUGAAUUCUUGGAAAAUGAAGGUAACUGAAGAAUCCAUGAGCAAAGGAAAGAACGUACUGAAUUUCCCAAAGAAAAUUUCAAAGAGGUUUUUGAUCGACAAUCCUCCUUACAUGAAUGUCAUUGAUCAGGAGUUCGGUGUACAUUUUCCGUGCGAGGUGAAGAGUUCUGGUGGAGAUGUUAAUGAGAAAUUUCUUUGUGAAGGAUGGGAUGAUUUUCUUAGAGCGAAACGAGUUAAGGAGGGUGAUACUCUGAUCUUCCCCAUGUCAAAGAAUGGAGGGAUGAUGUUGGUGCAAAAAAAUUCAACUUAA